UUCUCCUCACAGAGUGACCCAAAAUCUCACAUUUUUACCCCAAAAUCUCACAGAUUUCCACCCAAAAAACAUCCUCAUGCAGUCUUCUAUCUUUCUCCUCACAGAGUGACCCAAAAUCUCACAUUUUUACCCCAAAAUCUCACAGAUUUCCACCCAAAAAACAUCCUCAUGGAGUCCUCCAUCUUUUUCCCCAAGGAAUGACCCAAAAUCUCACAUUUUUACCCCAAAAUUCCCCUCCCGAAUCCCUUAAAAAAAGUCAAUUGUAGGCAUUUUCGGGGGUGCUUCAAAAAAUGUUCGUUUCCACUCCAAAUCGCCCCCCAAAAAUGAAGGUUUUAAGGCUAUUUUUGUUCAUCAACAAACCUUCAGCUUCAAAAUUUGGCACAGAUUGGUGAAAUCGUGGUUUUUGUCCCCAAAAUUUGGUUGUUUCGCCCCAAAAUUGCAGAGUUUGGUCGAUUUUUGGGUUAAAAAAACACGUUUUUUUUGGGGGGGGGGGGUCUUAAAUCUCGUUUUUGGGGCCGGAAAAUGAAUUUUUGGGGUGGGUCGGAACGGAUUUUCUGGGGUAGCAAAAAUAAUUUUUUGGGUUUUUUUGGUCGUUUUUUGGGGUUAGAAUGGAGAAUUUUGGGUCAAAAAAGGGAUUUUUUGGCUUUUUUUGAACGCGAGUGUAAAAACGUGUAUUUUUGCGGCACAUUUUGGGGCCAAAAGUUAAAAUCUGGAGGGAUUUCGGAAGAAACUGAGGACGAAUGUGGAAAUGUUGUGAUUUUGCGGGAUUUAAAACGUAAAAUUUUGGGGAAAAAACCCCAAUUUUAGGCACCGCAGCCGUCCCGCUGUGUCACGUGACGCUCCGCGCGCCUUCCUAUUGGCCCGAGCCCUGCGCGGGAAAAUCGCUGCCUUUCCGCCAUUUUGAAAGCGGAAGCGACUCCCUCCGCCGCGCUUCCGGUUUCCGGCGUGGAGCGGAAGGGGCGGGAUCAGAGCGGCGAUGGCGGCGGCGGUGGAGGAGGAGGAGAGCGCUGAAGCGGCGGCGGACGGGGAAGCGGACGGGGCGGCACUCAGGGAGAUGGAGGAGAUGGUGGCAGAGCUGUACCGCUUCCGGGACGCGGCACGGCACGGCGACGAUGGCGGCCAUGAUGGUGAUGAUGGCGGCCAUGAUAGUGAUGGCGGCCAUGAUGGAGGCGGCCAUGAUGGAGGCGGCCAUGAUGGUGGCGGCCAUGAUGGUGGCGGCCAUGAUGACGAUGAUGAUGAUGGUGACGGCGGUGGCGAGGAUGGUGAGCACAAAGAUGGGGAUGGAAGGAAGGGGACGGCGGAGGCGGCGGCGGCGCUGGAGGAGGAGGUGGAGCGGAUCGUGCAGCGCAUGGAGGGCAUCCGAGGUGAGACAUGGAGACCCAUAGAGACCCAUAGAGCCCCAUAGGGACUAUGGAGACCCAUAGGGACCCAUAGGAACCCAUAG